AUGCUGACUUUACUGGUUUUGGGCGUGAGCGCUCUGACGUUGGGUCAUGAAUACGAAAUUUCUCACCAAACCGAUGCUGGACAACUAGAGUUCGAAUGGGUCGAAAGAUACGGUCCUACAAUCCGUAUCUUCGGUUGCUUUCACGAAGAAGUUCUCAUGAUAGCAGAUCCUAUGGGUCUGCAGCACAUCUUCCAAUCUCAGAACUACCCUAAAACAAGGGAUAUCCGUCUAAUAGCUGAACGGGUAUUCGGCAAAGGUCUUCUUUGGGCAACAGGCGAGGCGCACCAACGACAUAGAAGGGCCCUCAAUCCCGCCUUUUCUAACCAGAAUUUGAAAAAGUUUGUGCCUCUAUUUCAGGAGACAACUCUACAGAAAUGGAAUGCUCGAUUAGAAGGAAAUGCGGCGGUUGUUCUGAAUAUGGCGCAAUGGAUGCCAAAGAUCACCUUGGAUGUAAUUGGUCGCAGUGCAUUUGAUUUCAACUUCGGACUCCUCGAUGGAACUGCCGAUUACAACGAGCUUUACAGGACAAUGAGAGACAUGUUCCUUGACUCAAAAUCAUCUUCUACUGUGACAGUACUUUAUGAUGCCAUUCGUCGACGCAUACCUGAACGCUUUGGUUUCAAAAUGUACACAACUAAAGAAGAUCGGCGACUUUCCGCUUUUCUGUCCGCGGCCCAGAGGGCCGCAAGGAAUAUUUUGCUUCGUAAACAGGAAGUUGAAAUGCCAAAUGCCAACUCUGAUGACGAUAAAGACAUCCUCAGCGUUCUAAUUCGCGCCACUAAGCACAAUGAUCACAGAAAGAAACUUUACGAGGAUGAGAUCAUCUCUCAAAUGGCAACGAUUAUACUCGCUGGAAAUGAAACAACUUCUUCCACAAUGUCAUGGAUGCUGUACGAACUGAGCAAACACGCCGAUAGUCAAACUCGGGUGCACGAAGAGAUAACUAUUCUACGAGCUCAAACAGGAUGCCACGUUUCCCUUACCAGUGCACAUUAUGAUUCGAUGCCUUAUUUCAAUGCAGUCAUCAAGGAAACCCUCCGACUGCAUCCAAUAUUACCAAUUUUGGUACGAGAAGCAGAUGAACACGACACAAUACCACUCUCGAUUCUGGUGAAGAGUAAAACCGGGAGUCUUCUACCUGAUGUUCCAAUCCGCAAAGGACAACGUAUUCUGUUACAUCUGGGUGCUUACAAUCGAUUGACCCAAGUAUGGGGCGAUGAUGCAGACUCGUGGAAUCCAGUCCGGUUCAUUGAUGAGAAGAAAGAGGUGGUGGUUGGAAUGUAUGGAAACUUAGCAACUUUCAGUGAGGCAUGUCACAUCCGGGUUGAUUUGGAUUACUGA